GAAGUAAAUAGAAACAACAUUUUUAUUGAUAAGUCACUGUAGAAAAUGACCAUUAUUGUCACCUCUCACGUGUCUCAUAGCCAUAUGAGGCUUAUUUAAUUUCCAACGAACAUUCAGCUGUCAUUUCGUUGGGAGAAAAGUAACGUUAUCGCGCUUUUAGGACCGAACAGGAUGGCGACAUAUAUGAAUUUCCACACUCAGCUGGCUUCCAUCAUGGAGGUGUUAGCUAACGCGGCUGUGGCUGAGAUCUGUCAGCUGGUGGACGACGGGUUUGCUACCCUGAGGCUGGAAAUAUCCCGGAGCCAGAGGGAGAACCUGGCCCUGAAGAGCAGGCUGCGGCUGCUGGAGGUCCGCUCAGGAGAGCAGUCCCACAGAGAGCCCACCCCCACGGCACUGGUGGUGACCUGCACCAUGACAGAUCAUCACUCUGGAGAAGACAGCCCUGCCAUUACCAAAAGAAAUGUGAAGUGCACCAUGCUGGAGAAUACUGACACCCAGCGGUCACAGCUGGUGGUUGUGACGGAGCAGCCGGUGGAGCCAGAGGUGGUGGUGAUAAAGAAGGAAAGGCUGGAGGAGGAGCUGACAGGCUGCAGUGUGCUGGAAGACCAUCAGACAGCUCCUCACAUCAGCAUUGGACCUCAGUCUGUUCCUCUUGCUGCUGAGAGCAACCGCCCUCUAAGUGCUGAGGCAGAAAUCCCCAGAGUCAGCGGGUAUGAAAAUCAGGGCUUUGCCAGACUUGAAGCUCGGCAGCACGAAGAGAAAGAGGGAGUGGAGGAGGCUGGAACUCAGGGAGAGGACUCUGAUCCAGCAGACCAGAGCCACAGAGCUGUACCAAGAGGUUCUGAUCCAAACAGAGCCAGGGAAAUGACAGACUCAACCAAAGAAGUAGACAAAAAUGCUGUGGACCCCAGUGGCUCUCUGUCUGCUGAGUCCAGUUGUAGUAAAGUUUCUGAUGUAGAGACUACUCUGAUAAAGACACUGGAGUCAGAACUGUCACCUACAAGCACUGGAGUGAAGGGUUUUUGUGGUGCUGCAGCAGACUGGAGGGCAGAGGUGGUGUUACCAGCAGUCAAACUGGAGGCUGAACCUUCCUGGUCUGAAGCUUUUAGCACAUAUAAUCCUUUAGUUUCUGUCACUAGAAGUGAGUGUCUGAGUGGCAGCAGAUUAACUAACACCAGUCACCACACAGAGAGUGAAGCAGCAGAGCUGGACAUCAACAGUUUGGACUCCUCCUCCUUCGAUGACCUGUUCUCCUCUCCAGAGGUGGCCAGGUCUCUGACAGUUUCUCACAAGCACUCCACAGACGGAGUCACAGGCACGGAGGAGCCUCUCUCAUCCUCGUCUUUAACUUUCCUGUGCAGUGGGAGCAGCUCUGGGGAUGCUUCCAUGUCAGACUCUGUAACUGUCUCCUCCGUCAGUAACACCUCUGUCUCCAGGAGCAGAAGCUUUCCCAGCAGCACAGAGCGAGCGUUCGGCUGUCAGCAGUGCGGUCGACUCUUCUCCACUUCCAGAGACCUGGUGGUGCACCAGCGCUCCCACAGCGGGGAGAGGAUCUACCACUGCCACCUCUGUAAGAAGCCCUUUGUCCACCCCCACCAGCUGAAAACCCACCAGCGGGUGCAUACGGGAGAGAAACCAUUCAGCUGCACUCAGUGUGGUAAACGCUUCUCCCAGUCCAGCCACAUCAAGAGACACAUGAGCGUGCACACGGGGGAGAAGCGCUACAGCUGCAGCCUGUGUGGGAAACGCUUCUCACAGGCCUGCAGCCUCAAGGUGCACCAGACUGUCCAUACAGGAGAGAGACCAUACAGCUGCACCAAGUGUGGCAAGAGCUUCUCUGUGCUGGGCAACCUGGUCCGCCAUCAGAGCAUCCACAAUGGCAAGUGAGCACACAAUAUCAGAAGGGACUGAAGUGAAUCAGAAAUGAAGCAGAAGUGUAGUGUGCAUAUAAAGCCAGUAAUGCUCAUCAUAGCAGACUGUGAUGUCGUCAUUUAUACACAUUAAUGUUUACAAUAAAACAUGAAGAAAACUGC